GCCGGCCCGGCCCGCUCGGAGCGCAGCGAGCGCCAGCGCCGCCGCUCUCCGCCGGCCCGGGGCCCUUUGGUCUCUCGUUGCGCUGGUCACGGGCACUGAGGCAAGUUUUGCUUGUGCGCCGUUCGCUUCCCGGGCUCCCCGCCAGGCCCGCGGCACCGCCACUUCUCCGGGAUGCGCUCCCUGACACACUUCUGGCAAAUAAUGCGUGGCAGGUUUUUCCAGUUUCCGUCCUUAUGCAUGUUACCAAUGGAAUGUAGUAUGUGGACUUGCUCUAAAAGUGAUGCUGACGAGGACCUGCUCGCAAAUGUGCAGUCAUUACAGAAUCAGCUGAGGAGAACUGAAAGAAACCUACAAAGUGUAGAGAAAGAGCUUUCCAGUACAAGGGAACAUUACAGCCACUGCUUCGAUGAGGUCACAGAUGUCCCUCUGGAGGACUUUGUACAGCCCAAUUACGAUUGUCAAGGCUUUUCCAGCUGUAAGAAGAAUUCUGGGAAAACAUCUCACCAGGAUUUUCAAAGAAAAUGCAAAUCUUACUCUGUAUCCACAACUUUGAAUAAAACUGUGGAAGAAAAUGAACAACUUCAGGAGCAGCUGGGUGCCCUUCAUGAGCAAAAUGCAUCUCUGACUUCUCAGAAUCACUACCUGAAGAACAGAGUGGAAACAAUGAACUUUGAAUUGAUGCAGUCAAAAACAAAAAUUUCAUAUCUUGAGGCUGCUUUAGCUACACAUUUAAUCAGCAUUCCGAAGUUGAAAGAACAGAUUGUACAUUUGGAAGCAGAAGUUUCAGCUCAAGAUAAAAUUCUGAAAGAUGCAGAAGAUAGACUAGAUCAAAAUCAGAAAACAGCAAUGGAAAGAGAAUACAUGUUGGAAAGAUAUCAAAAGGGCUAUAAAAUUCUGAAAAUUGAGUUAAUUGAACAAAGCAAGCAAGGAAAGAGAGCACAACAGCAAAGAAAUGAAGCUUUGUUGAAUGUGGAGGAGCUGACAAGGGCUUUUACCAAGUAUAAAGCAGAAAUAACUGAAAAAUUAGAAAAGGCUAAAGCUGAAGAAGUAGUCUUGGGAGAACGUUUAAUUAAUUGUGAAAAAGAAAAAGAGAAGUUGAAUGAUGAGUGUCUCAGCUACAGGAAGGAUCUAGACAUCCUAGAGGAGCAACUAAGACAAUUAAAGGAAGAGAAUCACAACACAAAAGAAGAAAUUAAAGCUCUAGAGGCAAAGAACACUGAAAUGACAUCAAUGCUGAGUCAGUCUGAUCAGGAGAUCAUCAAGCUUAAGAGUGAACUUUCUGAAAAAGAAGUAGUACUUAAAGAGAAAAAUGCUCUAAUAAGUGAAAAUGAAGAGCUGAGAGCACUUACUGCAGAGCAACAGAACCACUUGAAAUUAUGUCAUCAAGAAAUAGAGGAUUCAAGGGAAGAGCUCAGCAUACUAGAAACCAUUAUUUCUCAAUUGUCUUUAAGCACAUCUGAAGAGUUUAAAUGGCACAAUUUCAAACACCAGCUCUUGAGUUCCUCAGCAAAAGAAGCUACCCCUGAAUCUUGUGGUGAAUCAAGUAAACCUUUGAUUGCAGACCUAAGCAUUAAACUGGCAAUGAAAGAAGCAGAAAUUCAGAAGCCUGGUGCAAACUUUACUAUCUGUACUGGAGCUGAGCAUCUUUCUAAGAGUAACGAAGGACAAGGAAACAGCAGGUUAUGUGAGCUGGAAACAGAGCCUGUCAAAUUGAUCAGAAAUCCAGGAGAGAGGAGAAAAUGUCAACAGUUGGAACUUAUAAGCAAACAAUUUGAAAAGGUGAGGCAAAAAUUCCAGAAAGAGAUAGAAGAGCUACGCACUAAACUGAUAAAAGCAGAUGAUGAGAACUCUGCCUUGAGGACCAGCAUGGCUCAAAGAACCAGUCAGUUUCAAACCAUACAGGAAGACCUAUUGAAGAAGGCUACAAAAACCAGUAGCUUAGAGAAAGAAAUAAGAAAGAAGUCUUCUCAGCUUUCUGCACUUGAGAAACAGUUGGAAGAAAAGACUAUUGCUUAUUCCACUGCUGCAGAAAGAAAUGUUGAGUUGGAACUGGAACUAAUGGGAAAAAACAGAUGCAUUCAUGAGCUGGAAACAACUAUCAGUGAAGAACAUGAGAAAAUAACUUCUGCUUUUGAAAAUGAAAAGUUGCUUCACCUCGAGCAGCACAAAGAAAUGGAGAAACAGAUUGAUCUACUUCGGACACAGCUGGAGAAGAAACAUCAACAAGUCAUUGAACAAGAUAAAAUAAUAUCUAUUUUACAACAAGAGGUUAUACAUAAACAGCAUCAUAUUGAAUCAUUGGAUGGGCUGCUAAUAGGAAACAGAGAGGUACUACAGCUUGAGUCAGCACUAAAUGUAUGUAAGGAAGAAGUUGCACUGUAUUUGAGUCAGUCACAAGAAAAUAAGGAGAUGUUUGAAAAUCAGCUGAAAGAAAGGUCUGAAGAGCUUCAUUAUUUACAGAAAGAAAUCAAAAUUAAAGGUCAGGCUAUUCAGGACAUGAGUGAACAAAAUAUUCUCCUGCAACAAACUUUGCAUCAUCAGCAACAAAUGUUACAGCAAGAAACUAUUAGAAAUGGGGAGUUGGAAGAUAAUCAAAUUAAACUUGAAAAACAGGUAUCCAAUUUGGAAAAAGAGCUUCAGAAGCAGAAAGCAUGUGCAGAAGAUGAGUUGAGAAAGGUGGAGGAGAAACUGCACCUAGCUGCUCAGGAAGCAGAUUUAAACAGACAGAAGGUGGCUGAACUGAAUUGUACAAUCAGACAGAUUAAAUUGGAGAUGGAUCAGUGCAAGAAUGAACUUACUGGCAUGGAAAAAGAAGUAGUGCAAUUAAAACAAGAUGGUGCAAACAAAGCACUGCAGAUAAAUCAGUUGAAUAUCACUCUGGAAGAAGCAAGAUCAGAGCUCAAUAGAAAGGCAAAUGAGGUGAAUGAUUUUGAAGAUAAACUGCUUCAAAGUGAGACUUGCCUCAAGAAAGCCUUACAGAAAAUAGCAGAACUGGAAUCUGCAUUACAGAGUGCCUGUGGAGAAUUAAAGAUCACUUCAACACAGCUUCAGGAGUUGCAAGAUGCAUUGCAGAAUGCACAGUCCUCUCUGGAGGAGAAGAACAUUGCUAUCAUGGAUCUGACAACUGAGCUCAGGUAUUGCAAGGAUGAAAUUGAAGACAAAAAGCAGGAACUCCUUGACAUGGACCAAGCACUGAAAGAAAGGAACUGGGAACUAAAACAAAGAGUAGCUCAGAUUACACAACUGGAUAUGACAGUUCGUGAGCAUAAGGGAGAAAUGGAGCAACAAAUAAUUCAAUUACAGUGUCAUUUAGAGAAAUCAGAGCUGGAAAUUAAGGAAUGCAAUAAACAGAUUGAGAGCUUAGAGAAGAAACUCCAGCAUUCUAAAGAUGAGCUUCGUCAAAAAGAGUUUGAAUUGCUCCAGAGAGAUCAGGAAAUAAAUCAGCUGAAGAAAAAAAGAAUUAAAGAAACCAACAUGGCCUAGAAGCUCUUGGAAAGGUGCAAGAACUGUGAAGGAAUCACUGCUGCUGCCCAUUGGACAAGCAGCAACCCAGGGAUGCUGCUGCUGGCAUCAUCACUGUGCAUUCAAAGAGGACAUUUUAAAGUUAUAUUUCUAAAUAAGGCAUGUAGUUAUUUGUACUGAAGCAGACCACAACCUUUUUAUUUUUCCAACUGUUAUUGAGAUUACUGCCUUCAUGUAAAAACAUAUUAAUUUAUCUUUUAUACUUCAGAAUAAAACAAUUUAUUUUAA